GGCUGGUUUCACCGGCACGAGCGGGAGCGGUUGUCCGGCGCGUUCUAAACCAUCCUCGCCCUGAAAAUGCACGCGGAUGCAGUCAAUUUUCCGCUAACUUCUCACCUGUCUACACUGGCCAAUAUUCACAAGAUUUACCACACCUUAAACAAACUGAAUUUGACAGAAGACGUUGGCCAAGACGAUCAGCAAUCAGGAAAUCUUCGAUCUUGCAGUUGCCCCUCCGACUGCUGUAACAAGGGAAUGCCACCCAGGAAAAAGAGGAGACCGACGGUUGCAGAUGAUCUGACAGCUAAAAAAAGCAGGCAUGAUGGCACCAUGUACAAGAAGCAAGACUCAAACAGGAUGAAGCCUGAAGAGGAGGGGUUCUCCACUAAGCGAUGCUUGGAGUGGUUCUAUGAGUAUGCAGGUAGUGAUGAUGUUAUAGGCCCUGAAGACAUGGAGAAAUUCUGUGAAGAUAUUGGAGUUGAACCUGAAAAUGUGGUAAUGUUAGUGCUUGCCUGGAAGUUGGAUGCCCAGAGCAUGGGUUACUUCACUCUACAAGAAUGGUUGAAGGGAAUGACCUUAUUACAAUGUGACACAACCGAGAAACUGAGAAAUUCAUUAGAUUACUUGAGAUCAUUGUUGAAUGAACCCACAAAUUUUAAACUUGUGUACAGAUACGCCUUUGAUUUUGCACGGGAAAAAGACCAGCGUAGUUUGGAGAUUAGCACUGCUAAAUGCAUGUUGGGACUACUUCUAGGAAAAACCUGGCCACUUUUUCCAGCCUUCCAUCAGUUCCUUGAGCAAUCUAAGUAUAAAGUGAUCAACAAGGACCAGUGGUGCAAUGUGCUCGAAUUUAGCAGAACAAUUAACCUUGAUCUUAGCAACUAUGAUGAAGAUGGGGCUUGGCCAGUCUUAUUGGAUGAAUUUGUGGAAUGGUUUAAAGACAGACAGAUGUCCUAGCACUUAUGAUUCAGAAACAGCAGUACAACAUCCAUUUCAACAUUAGCCAUAAAAAAAACCUAGGAAAACAGAUUUGGAAUGCAUUUUGUUUUUGUCUCUCCCCUCCACCCCCCCUUUCAAAUCCCACCCAAAAAAAAUUGAGUUGCUGAAAGCAUUAAAUAUCUACAAGCACUGUGCUACAAACAUUGAAGUCUGGUAUCAGAAUUUCUUCCGAGCUUGCUUUGCUUUUUUUUUAAUAGGACAACAAUUAUGGUACCACAGGCCACAAUGUGAUAUCUUGCUGUUGACAUUGUGAAUUCUAUGUUGUAAGCUGUUUCAUGCAGAAACCUCCAUUUUCCGAGGGAUUGUGAAUCACAAUGAAAAAUGUAUUAAAUGGUUAAAAGUCUUAGAUGAAUGUUUGUUGAAAAGAUUUCUUAAUCUUAUGUAUGUAUGCGAGUAAAACUGUUCUGUAUAACUUACCUGAUGAAAUGCAAUUAGGUUUUUUUAAGUGUAAACUGUUGGGCAAUAGUAUAACUUUGUUUUGAUUCACUGCACCUAGCUGUUAUCUGUUGAAAUGACUAAUGCACCACGUGGGUUGUAACCCUAAUUUUUGCAUUGUAUUUUCUGGCUAAUCAGCAUUUUUUUUUUGUUUUGCUUUUGUGUAACUAGCAACUAGCUAUAAACAUUAAAUUGUCCUUUAAGUGGACACAUAGUUUAAUAAUGUUACCAAGUUUUGCACGUUCUAAGAUAAAUAGAAUAUUUGAAUGUCUGUUGUGGAGAUCAACUAGUAUUCAGAUAUGUGUUUAAAAUCAUGUGUAUGUUUUUUUUCAUAGUAUCACUUACUGAUAAGGAAAGUGCUGACAUAUUCUUAUCAGACUGUUUAAGUCUGGUGUUACAAGUCAACUGAACUAAUGUAACUUAGCUGGCUUGACUUUGAUCAAGAUAUUGGAUUAAGAUCAAGUAUCCUGUAUUAUAGUAUGACAAUGCUAUUAAAGGUACCUUUUGACCAUGUCAGUAAGUGGAAGUCUGUAUCUAAAGCAAAUGAAUCUUCAACUGUUGCAUUUUUCUACUGUUUUAGACAAAUUAGGCAAUACCACGGUCUUUUGCAGAUCUCCCUGUACAUGAGUGACAUCUGGGCACUUUACAUAUACCAAUAUAACUUAAUUAUAUGCCCCAGUUUCUGAUUUUCAUUAAUGUGAUUCAUAAAUUCCCAUUAAUUUAUAAUCAAACUUUUAUCUGAAAUGAUAUUUCAGUGAGAACAAGUUAUCUUUUAUUUUUGACCGUAAGAUACAUUCAAUAAUACUGGAAAUCACAUACAAUUAAGGUGGGUAUAAUUUAAAGUUGAUCUAUAUAAGAAACAACGAUUCCAAUGUAAGCUUUCUUUAUUAACACUUGGAAAUUGUACCCUGCUAAAAUACAAGCUAUGGAUAAGGCCGUUUGGGUAUAGCAGUACAUUUAUUUUCAGUAUGGCAUUAGCAAGAUAAUAUUGUCCAUUGCACUUUCAUUAUUUUAAACCCCUGCUGUACAGGCAGUACAUGGUAUUGCUGAUUCAUGUCCUCAUUACUCACUUCUUGCUGAUCUAGUUUAACAUUAGUUAUUUUUUAGCCACGUGAAGAGGACAGUAUUUCAUAAUUGCUGUGAAAACAUCUUUUUUAUGAUUUAAAACUCAUGGAAUUGUUUAUUGAAAUGUGGUCUUUAUGGAACUUUUUAAAAUCCUCUGCAUAAUUAUUGCAUCUUUUUUUCUGACAAAGGAACAAAAUAUUUUAUUUACUGUUCGAUGUCUGUAAUAUCAAUCAUAAAUUCAUCAUCCUCUGCAUUUCCAAUAAGCUGCUUGUUUCAAAAUCUAUUUUAAGCACUUUUGUUUCAACAUGGAAAAUGAAAAUUUUCCUUUCUUCCCAAUUUGCCUUCUGCUCCUUUCCAUUACAUUGAUGCACUUUGCAUAUGUUUUUAUAUUUUUCAACAGUCUUUCAUUCCAACACUGGACCUGAAUUUCAACCAAUCAUCCACUGCAUUGGAAUAUGAUAUUAUUGAUGUAUUUUAAUUUGACUGUUCAGUGAGAGUAUGUUGAAGAUUAAUCAAGACCAUUCCCAUGUUUUUGCUAAUUUUAGUCUUGAGCUUUUUUGAAAAGCCAUCUCAGUUGCUUGUUUGCAUUUGUUCCCUACUGUUCCUUUUUGUGUAUUUAAAAAAGACUAGUAGUUUAGUCGUUCAAGGUUGUUCAAAUGAUAUACAUUUCUGGACAGCAGGUACUCGACUUUAAUACUAUAGUUAAAUUUGCUUUGACUUGAUUUUUAUAUUCUGCUUUGGUAAAAAUUGACAUGAUUUUUAUUUUAAAUUUGAAGCUUUCUGGUGGAAUGUUUGCACAAUGAUGAGUACAUAAAGACAAUAGUCCCACCUGUGGCACUUUGUUGUGAAUGGUGUUGGAUAGCUUGUGUUUUAUUCACGUUCAGCAAUUGCAGACUUGAAAACCCCUUAACUCAUCUUCCACAAGACCCAUCUGAAUACAUUUAUGGUGUGUUUGGAUUUUUUUUGCAUAUAAUGUUGAGUUUAAAAUAUUCAGAAAUGUUUAUUUUGAUCAAUUAGACAAAUUGGAUAUUGCUUAUGCCCACCCAGGAACAGUAAAACAUUUGGAAACCUGCACUUUAUGGGACCAAAUAUAGGAGGAUUCCACAAUUGUAUAAAUAAGAACCUCUGAAUUACUACUACUACUAAAUACAGAUGAAUGGUUUCCUACAUCUGUGUUCCUGUUUCACUGUCAUUGACAAAGUAUCAGGUAAUUUAUAAUGUUCACUUGUAAAUGAGAUCUGCUUGCUCAUGAUUGAAGUGGUAUCUAUGUUAUUAUGUAGAUAAUCAUAGUUCCACUAAUAUGCUAUGGGUUUUAAUAAUCUUUACAAAUUCAUUGAAUAUCACUUGUAGUAACUCUUGUGUAAACCCAGAGCAUGCACCCUUUAUAUGGCUUCCUGAAACUAUUUUAGAAAGAUGCUUCUGUUUUGAUUUGAAAAUACAGCAGUUUUCAAUUAAUUCCCCAGUUACUCCAUAUUAAAAAUGAAAAACUAAACUUCAGGUUGACCUACAAGAUAUCUUUUUGCUUUGGUUCUUAUGUUUUAUCAAUUUUGUUUUGUACGAAUUAUUGUACUGCUGCUAUUUAAAAGGUAUAUGUUUGAGGGUUCAUUUCUUUGGAAUGAUCGAGUAAUUGCCAACUGUUAAAAUCAUGAAAUAUAAUUGUCUGCACAAUUUAAUCUCUCAAUCAACGUAAAGCAGACCAUGUGCACAGCAACAGCUUUUCAAAGAAGUGGUGCUCCCAUUCUUGAAAAUGUUUCAUAAUUCUAAAGUCUGUCUUCCUUCAGUUGUAAAAUGACUUAUUAGCUAGGUGCAUUUGUUUCAAAUGUUGAGCUAAGCUUGUUCCUGUUUUAUUAGCAUACAGUAUCUGUACUGCCUUUGUGUCAUUAAAUAAUGGCUUAAUUAAAA